AUGGACAAAGCGAAAGAACACCUGAUGCUUUCCUUCGUUCCCGAACACAUUCUCUGCAGAGAGGCUGAGCGAGCCGACAUUUAUAACUAUCUUCAUAACAGCAUUCUUCAAAAGGGAAACGGCUCUCCGCUCUACAUUUCGGGAAUGCCUGGAACCGGCAAAACAGCGACGGUGCGUGAAGUGAUUCGCGAAUUGCGUGAAGAAAUCGAUUUCAACUAUUUCGAGAUCAACGGGAUGAAAGUCACUUCGGCGAACGCGGCGUUUUCGAUGCUGCUGAACUUCAUCACUCAUAAAUACGUCGUGGCUUCGAAGGCCGCUGAUGUGAGAAACGCUUGGGUACGAUUGAUUGGAUAG